AUGGGCUCCACAACUCCAACGUCAGCAGCUAUAUCGGCACCCCUCCCCAAGCCACCUCGCUCUUUGCUCGAUCUACCCGUCGAGGUUCGAGUCAUGAUCUAUCGCCACAUGUUCGACAACAGCCACCUUACGCUUUUCCUACCUCAGCCUCGUCAAGUCGAUAUUUAUAGAACGCGGUGGGAGCCUCCUCGCAAUUGGAAUAUCGUACCACAAAAUUUCCUACCUCAGCCUAGUCGAGUCAAUAUUUGGAGAAAGCGGUGGGACUUUCGAGGAUCUCGCAACGACACCGUACGACAAAUGCGAAAGAUAUGGGGAUCAAAUAUCCUGUUUGCCUCCAAGACAUGUCUGACUGAGGCCCGACCAAUAUUUUUGCAGGCGGCAAAAUUCGUUUUCCCUGCUGGUCGCGACCCAUGGCGAGAAAAUGACACCCUUCAAGGGAUUACCCAGCGAGAGGUUCAAAUGAUGUCCUCAGUCGCAUUCCAGGUCACCACCAGCUGGUAUGAGCUAGAUCCUUGGGCUCCACGGUAUAUUGACUGCUGGGGAGGCUUGACCAAGUUGAAUAUCGACUACCCAGACGUGGUGACGGAGAUGGAGUUCGAGGUCUGGCAGGUGGAUCUCCCUCUUCCUUUUCUCGUCCGUGAUAGAUGGGUGAAACUGGGUCAUGGAAGCUUCCUCGAAGUCAUGAAGAAGGCGGCAGCAAGAGAUUCAGAGGCAAAAUUCGAGAUCAAGUUUUCUCUGAGAUGCACCAAUGAAUGGCCGAAGAUUCGUGCAGAACUGCUGACGCAGACAGUCUGGGCGACAAAUAUACGGGAAACCGAGAUGAUUAUGGAGAAGCGUUACGAACCGAAAAUGUUGCGUAAUCUUCUUGCGGAGUGGAGUGCAGCCGAGGAGAUAGCCCAUAAGGCAGCGAUUACGGAGGUCGAGAUGGCGAAGGUGAGGUUUGCCGAGAUGGAUGCCGAGUUGGCUGCCCUGAUCGCUGCUGGAGGCGAAGACGAGACGGAAGACGAGACGGAAGAUGAGACGGAAGAUGAGACUGAAGAUGAGAUCGAAGAUGAGACCGACGAUGAGACCGAUGAUGAGACCGACGAUGAGACCGAUGACGAAAGUACGCACGAAAGAGUAUGGACGAGAGUACAGACAAGAGUGCGGAUGAGAGUGUGGAUGAGAUUACAAGCAAGACACACCAGCGUGCGGACAAGAUUUGAACUAUUGUGA